AUGACAUAAUGUCAUUUAUCUAAUUGUCAAAAGUGUAUCUGUGCAUAACAACGAAAAUUCACGAUUGUAUUAUAUGUGAUUAUUUAGAUGAAAAUGUCGGAAAGCGUAGAUUUUAAUUUAAUAUCAAUGAAAAAUAAAGUACAGUUUUUAAAUAUAAAGGAACAAUACAACUACGGCGCAGAUCUCAAUUUCCAAUUUCAAGUUGAUGAUUACACCCCAGAAGAAGGUGAUAGGAUAGGUAUAUUCAAAGUUGGUUGGAAUAGCGUUAGAGAUUACGAAAUUUUCGAGUGGGUUCCUCUAAAUUUCCCAGAAAACGUCGGUACUAUAGUGUUUACUAAAAAUUUCGUAUGUAAAAUAAAAUUCGAAGAAGGCGAUUUCUUUCAGUUAUGUUAUUUAGGAAGAGAAAGUGAAAUAUACGGAGUUAGUUCGCCUUUCCAGUUUAUUAAAGAAGAUUCAAAAAUCAUAAUAUCUUUCUCGAGUGGUGAAGUUGAUAUUUAUCCGAAACAUUUUACGGUUGAUAAAGCUACUAAAGUUCAUUACGACGAACAAAAUCGUAAAUUUAGAAAAAUUAGAGACGAAAAUAUAAUGCUCAAAGAAAGGAAUAAGGACCUCGAAGAAGAGGUAGAAAUGUUAAAAACGGCUCUUAAAUCUGCUCAAUCACAACAAGCGCAUGAUAAAAAUUACGACCAAGAAAUCGCGUCUUUACAACAAACUACAAAAGAUUUGAAAAAAGCAGAAGAGUUACGACAAUCGGAAAUUGAUAUGUUGAAAAAAAAGAUAACGGAAAUCAAAGAAGUUUUCAUUGAAUUGAGCUUAGAAAAGAAGAAAGUGGAAAAGAAAUACGAAACAUUGAAACGAGGGCAAAAAGAAAAAUCAUCAAAAAUUAAUGAAAAACUAAAAGAAAACGACAGUGAAUCAAAAAGUAAUGAAAAUCUCAGAGAAUUCGAGAUAAUGAAUUUAAUUUCGAUUCCUCCAUUCCCAAUACCUCAAAGUAUGCUCAAACAAAAUAAUUAAAUCCCUUGUAUUCUAAUUUUCAUGUGUUGUAGUGUGAGAAAAUAUCAAUAAAGUUGUUUAUGUACGAUUUAAUUAAAUUUUAAU